CGGCCGUAGCACCGUGCCCCUCUCGAGUUCCGACUCCCGCAGUCCGCACCUCUCGCGCUCGCCUUCGCUUUGUCGCCACGGCGAGCCCCACGCCGCCGAUCGGGGCGCCGCAAGCGGCGGCGCCCGUUCCGAUGGACGCGGAUGUGGGGGCGGGGGCGACGAAUCAACCGUGGCCGGAGCCCGACGACGCGCACCUCUCCCCGCCUCCGCCUCCGCCUCCGCCUCCCGCCUCCGCCCCGACUCCAGCCGCCGAGGCUGCCGCGCCCACCGCCUCCGCGGCCGUAUCGCCGCCAGCGCCGGCGGAGGCGAACGGCAACUCCGACAGGAAGAGGAGUUAUUGCGUGUGCUAUGCUUCCGGGUCACAUUGUACUGAAUUAUGUGGAUGCGAACCUUGUCAUAACAAGCCACCUCAAGGUGCUCCAUGGACUGCACCAGUUUUACCUCUGAAACCUGUCCAAACAUUGGAGGCUGGUCAAGAAAUAGUGGAACAACUCAUAAGGUCCCCUAUGGAUCUUAUUAGAAGAAAAUGCACCUGCAAGAAGUCAGGCUGCCUUAAGAAGUACUGUGACUGCUACCAGGGAGGGGCAGGAUGCUCUAUCAACUGUAAGUGCGAUGAUUGUAGAAACCCAUUUGGGAGAAAAGUCGGCGUUAUUUUGGAUGGUAAAAGCAGCGGUCUUCCCGCGCCCGUACAUGUGCAUGAAAGAAACGGGACUGAAGCUGACUCGAGCGGCGACGACGAGGAAGACGACGACUUGUACAUGAACCGACAGCUCUCCCCGUCUCCGGUGUCAAGGGAGUCGUCGUUCCAGCAGGAGACUCUGGUCGGCGUGGAAGUCCAGACGAUGAACGGGCACCUGUACCCGAAGCCGCUGACCCAGGUGCGUCCCGAGCCGUCCUCCUGGCAGCUCUCCGCCGCCAGGAGGCCGGCCGAGGAACCGCGCGGAGAGGUGUGGCGCUUCUCGGGGAGGCCCGGCGAGGACGGGGCCUCCGACGCCGUGGAAGCAGCGCGUGCCGUCGCGGUCGCUCCCCCGAGGGAGAGCAGGAGACCGGGGACCCGCGGUGGGGACAGGCUCAGGUUCAGCAUCCCGCGGUGCGUCGAGGCGAUGAGCGCCAUGGCGGAGCUGUCGCCCGUGGAGAAGUCGCUUGCGCCCGACGUGUUCUUGGACGAGAGCAACCGCGAGAUCUUCCUCUCGCUGAGCGUAGAUGUUAGGCCCAUCUGGCUGAGGCGUAAGAUGAAGAGCCUUGUCUAGCUCUAGUUUUUUUUAAAUUUUUAAUUGUACCCAGUGCUAAUUUAUGGUGCAUGUUAUAUUUUCGAGUCCUGCAUAUCGUUAGCAGUAAUAAGUUGGUUACGAUUUCA